UAUUCAGUCUGCGACAUUACUAUUGCAAGCCAACCGACUAACUGGCUAAGAUCAGAUUUCAUUGAUGUCAAGGAUGCUAAAAUGCUGAAUGUUGAACUGAAAUACGCACUUCUUGGAUGUCCACCAUCUUCCAGUCCUUUCUGCAAUUACAAAUUAAGCAUUUAUGUGCUUCAUGUAGAAAACGAAUUAGUUGGGGUUGAUUUAGACCCUCUCAGGGGUAAUAAAGUGACAUACCAAAAGGUAGAAACAAUUGUGCCAACAGUCCUGCCUGGAGCUAUGAAAGCAAAGGAGUAUGAUUAUAACAGGAAAAUCAUAACCAAAAAGGGAGGUGUGUAUCUUGCAUUCUUAGACCAAGGAGCCUGUAUGUCAUUAUCAAGUGUUAUUGUGAGCUACAUAUAUUGCUCCGAGGAGCAAGUAGGAGUUUUGGUGAGAUUUUCAAGGACAGCUGCUCCUGUGAAUGACUCUCAUCUGGAGGAACAAACAGGGCGUUGUACUGAUGUGAACUCAAUUAACAAAGUGAAACUGUCGGGAGUGUGCCUUAGUAGUGGAGAAUGGAAUAUCACUGAUGGAGUCAAAUGCCUCUGUAAACCUGGCUAUCAGCUUGUUAAUGGAUCUGAGGAAAAUGUCCUGGAGUGCAGUGGUAAGAAUUGUAUUUCGCUUUUACUAAUUAAAUAGUAGUCAAAGAUUAUGGUGCGCAGUCUUUAAGGGCCUUAGGCACCUAGCGGGGUUACAUAUUAACAAUAGUCAAAAAUUUCCUGAUCAGGCUUUGAUCUAUGAAAUGCAUGUUCAGAAAGAAAGAGAUUAACCUACGAAGUAUUUAAGAAGGAAAAUGAUUUUUUGUUAUUGCCAUGUAGUUUUGAAAGCAAGUUUAGUCACUUCACAAAGCCAUCAGGAACGUUGCAUGUAUUAAAGAUGCAUGGCAUGAUGGUAUUGAUGGUAUUGUCAAGAAUUUCAACUGUCAACCUCUUUUCUUGAUUUCUUGCGCUUAGAAACAUGCACAGACUGCCCACGGAAUCAAAGAACACCCAAAGACUCAAUUAGAGAGGGACUUAUUUUGUUCCUCUGGUUUUUUGUUUUGCAUGCAAAAUGGCCACUUAGGCCAAAUGUUAAAUUUUCAUGUGACUGAAUCAAACUGAUUGAGUUACGUUUGUGAUAAGCUUAGCAAUGUUGUGGGGUUGUGGUGUAUGCCCAUAAAGUGUUUCACACCAUGAUUUUUUUUCAUUUGAACUUAGUUCGAUACUUUGUCAAGUUUGUUGUUUGACCCAGCAGUCAGUCUGCUCAGUCUACUUCUAGUGUUUGGAUUAGCCUGUGUUGCAGCUGGCCUGCACACUCGUCUAAACCAUUUAUAUAGUCCGUUUGUGAAUUAGUGCACAAAAGCUGGUUCUAGUAUCCUGAAGAGUUGCAAGGACAUAAUUAUGUGAGUGUUUCUGAUAGGCAGUUUCUUACGGGUUUCAUGAUUGGCCUAAUUCUUAUGUGUGUGUGAUUGUUGGGUGCAGUGACUUGUUAAAAUGACAGAAGGGAGUUGGCAAGGAUCGUUUACUGUAAACGAUGAAAAAGGUUUUGGAACCUUUAAAACCUCCUUCUGAACAAUGCUUGGAGAAAUUCUUCAAGGCCAGAAUUUGCUUGUAAAUUUGCUGACUGGUUUUCCAGCAUGUCUUCCAAUCUCUGCAGAAGCACUACCACAUAUUCUGCAAUCUAGCCGACAGUUCUAACGUCAAAUCAGGAAAUCAAGAUAAUCAAGGCCAAAAAAAAAAAAAACCGGCAUCCAUGUGGCUAUUUUUUUUUACUCUAGGUCCAGGAAUUUCAGAGGAAAUCAAAGUUAUUUAUUUAACCACCAUAAAAAAGCUUAAGGCUUAAUCAUAGGUUAUUUUAUCAUUUCAUGGUUAACUGCAUCUCUGAUCAAAUCUUGUCGGAAAACAGCUGCAGAAACGUAAGCCACAGGAACUAAUUACAGAUCAGCUUUAUAACCUCUAAAUGCGAGACUCAAAGCGGCAUUCUCAAUUGUACAUUACAGAACUGCAUGAACUACGCAAAAAGAGAGCAAGAAAAACCUCUGGUGUUCAAGCUGACUUUAAGGUUACGUUUCACACUAUCAUGAGCUCAGUCUCUCUUGUCACGAGCUAUUAAUAUAUUGUGAUUGGCCUGUCAACACUUAAUUCAAAUCGGAGUAAAUCACAAACUGUGUAAGAAACUAGCCAAUCAAAAAUGCCAACAUAUGUCUUAAUUUGCGACUCUGCAGGGUUUAUACACGGUAUUGUGCACUAAUUCGCAGACACUCUAUUGGUGGUUUUCACCGUCACACCAUCGAAAACUAAAAUCAAAAUAGUCGAAUGUCUGAAGCCAAGAAUUUCAGAUAUUAUAGAAUAUUGAUAAAUUAACAACCCGGCCCAAGUCUCGCAUCUGUGCAGUUUCCCACUGCUGAGUUGUUUUUCAAAAUGUGUAACAGAAAUUUAUACAUGCAGGGCUCACUAUGGGGACGCCAUAUUUGUGCUCCUCUGAGGAGCACAAACAAUGCAUAUUGUAAGGCGGUCAGAAAUAAUGCAAACAUCUAGUGUCAGUAUCGCCACAAAUUUGAUCAGUUGUUCAUUGCGAACGAGCAAAUUAUUCCCCUAAACACAUUUAUUAAUACUUUCACCAUUCAAAGAGCAUAAUAUCAUGCAAUAAAAUUAUUUUUUAGCAUGUGACGGCCUUCUCAGUCGCCAUAUUAGCGUCAUGUGGAGUAACCUUGGGAAAUUAGAAAGAGCUACAUAUACAUAUUUUCAAAAUGGAAAACACUAUCACAUUGAAAACUUGCACAGAAGUUUAUUUUUAAGAGACCUUUUGCUAGAUGGAGAUAGAACUUUAAAAGUCCUUGCGAUUUUGGAGUUUGGAUUGUUGUGACAACACUUGAAAACCAAGAAUACCGAAGGUUCAGAACAUCUGCGAUGCAAACAGUGUUUGGAUAGUCUAAACGUAAAAUGCUCUUAUUAAUCCUACAUGUAGAGUGUCUGAGGGGCUUUUACAAGAGUGUUGCAAACAAUAGUAAAUGCGACAAGUGUCCUGCAAACUCAGCAUCCAAUACUAGAAGAACAGGCUGCUUAUGUAAUGAUGGACUCUACAAGAAAUCUGAAUUAGCUCCUUGUAAAGGUAAAUACAUGUACUAUACCCAAGACAUAUGCAGGUUCAGUUUAUCUUUGGUUCGGUAAUUAAUUUUAAUAACCCAUAGGCAAUAUCACCCACUGAAUUGAUGGGUUAUUAACCCUACAUCUUCAGAAUAUUAUGGUAAGCGUCAGCUGGUUGCGAAUUAGCUGGGGGAUUGGAGCCAAUCAGAAAUGGCAUAAUAUUUUGAGUGGAUGAUUUUUAUUUCAUUGGUGUAAAACUCAUUUACUUUCUCACAGCAUCAAGACCAAUGCAUGUGAUGCAUCAAGACCAAAAAAAAUCAAGAACUUUCCUGAUAUGAUAUGUUUUGUAUAAUUACUUUCCUAAAGACUCAGGGCUUCCCUGGACACUGUACCCUUUAAGUUGAAUGGGCCACUCUAUAGGAAUAAACUGUAAAUGUAGUGCUUUACUUGACAUCUGAUAUUACUUUACUAGUACCAUAAUAAUAUAAUGAUAGUACAUGUACUUACGGUCCAGGUCACAACAGGGUGAACUAUGUGGAUGAUAAAAUGUUUAAAGCAAUUUGCAACUUCAAAGAAAACGCAAAUCCUACUGCCUUGUACCAUGAUUUUAAUACCCUUUUGUUAUGUAAGUGACUAGAGGUAAUCAUUGAUUACGGAUCCACUUCCGUCACUUAUGGAAACGAAAUUGAGUCAAAAGGAGUCCAGUUUCCCGGCCAAGAUGCCCCUGAUAAAAUAAGUGGGGGCGGCUAAUCGACAGUUGCCCCCGAUACCUCGAAAAUCUGUGGCUUGGAACACUUCAAGAUUAGGAUGCCUUCUGACGAACGCAAAUAUUGCCUAAUAUUAAAACAAACUUUACAAACAUAGUUAAUUGUUUACGUCCAUUGCGUCAGUUGAAAUCACAUCUGUGUUGUUCGCUUAGCUCUGGCGUGCACUGUAAUUGCACUGCUUAACCAAUCUGAAUGAAUUGUCACCUUUACCCAGCUUUGCCAGCGGCACCACUCUAUGCAAAUGCUACUGUGGUUAAGGCAACGGAUGUUGUGAUUAAGUGGGAACGUUCACCUGAUGACAGUGGUGGGAAGUUAAGAUAUGCUGUAGACUGUUUCAAAUGCAAGUCCAGUAAUUACAAGGAUUGUAACGAGCCAUGUGGACCAAAGUUAAAGUAUAUGCCAAGCCAAGAAAACAUCAUAAGUGUUAGUGUGACAAUAAAUGGCUUGCCUCCUGACAGCUUCCUCAAGUUUCGAGUUUACUCUGUCAGUGAGUUGAAUGAACAGGAGAAAGAUAGAGAUAAAUGGAAAUAUGUUAUGGUAUCAGUAAAAACUAAAGGUAAGAAAUAG